AUGGACGACGCAACCAAAGCAGAGUACGACGCCCAAUCACAACAACUACGCGCCGACUUGAAGUCGUGGGAAAGCGACUGGGCCAAGACACACAAGGGCCAGAAGCCUGGAAGGGAAGACAUCAAGGCCAACCCGGAAAUCGCUCAGAAGUACAAGCAGUACAACAAGGUCCGCGAUAUCCUCUCUGGCAAGGUACCACCGUCCGCGAAAGAGGAUCCCAAGCCCAGGAAACGCAGGUCCGACGCCCACCUGGCCCAGACACCCACAAAGCGUACCAAACAAUUCGAGACUCCUUCUAAGAACCGCAAUGUCGACCAUGACGAGGGCCUGAUGAAUUCGCCCGCCAUCUCAAGAAAGCUCUUCAGCCCAGCUUCCGUGACAUCUCUUGGCCCGACCCCCCAGCGCGAUGGACGUGUUCUGGGAUUGUUCGAUUUGCUGGUGGAAAAGGAGUUGGGAACACCAAGGAGGGAUUCUCCCCGAAAAGGGGGUGCCCAACGAAGAAUCGACGCAACACCGAGCAAGCGAUCCGCCGCUAUGGACGAUGAAUUGACUGCUAGAUUGGGUCGGACGCCUAUGUCUUCGAGCAAGCGGCAGAGGUUAGACAACUUCAUGACGCCACAGAAGAACCGAGACGGGAACUUUGAUGCCGUCACGCCAAGUUCAGUGUCAAAACUUCAGUUCGACACGCCCGCUUUUCUCAAACGCCAUUCUCUUCCAGCUCUGGAUGAGAAUAGCGAGUUUGAUGCACCAGCACCGUUGAGACUACCACGCAAGUCCAUGGUGAAAGGACUGAGUGAGAUUGUUGCUAGUCUACGAAAAGUUGAGGAGGAUCAUCUGGACGACGAGCUGGAUGCUCUACGAGAAAUUGAGGAUGAGGAAAAUGGCAUAUCGAGACCGAAGCCACCGACUAUACCGCUACCCAAGGACGAUGUGUUGGAGGAGGAUAGUCAAGUCAGACAGCUUCCGCUUGGUGGGUUUGACGAUGAGGGUCUGUACGACAGUCCGGAUGAGGGAGUCAUGGGCCGAGAUGGAAACUCGAAUUCGUUGAGGGUAUUCAAGAAGAAGGGACAGAAGCGGACAACGAAGCGCUCCAACAUGAAGCCUAUACGAAUGAGGCGCCCGGAAAACAUAGGAGAGGGUGCAGAGGGCGAGGAGGUCGGCGAUGAGAACGAGGAUCCGAUCCCCGAGACGCAGGGAGAGGCUGGCGACGAGGAUGGAUCGGACUUUGAGAAUGCCAAGGCAAAGAAGACUAAAAAGUCUAAGAAGGCCGCGAGCAAGCCAGGACCGGUGAAGAAGGCGGCAAGAAAGGUCAAUGAGCUGGCUCAUGCAAACUUCCAGCGGCUCAAGCUAAAGAACAAUGGAUCCAAGGGAGGGCCAGGGUUUGGUAGCAGGUUCCGUCGGCGAAGAUGA